AUGGCCAAUUUUAGUUUGGUCACUGAGUUCAUUCUUCUGGGAUUUCCAGAACUUCAAAGGCAGAAGACAGCAUUCUUUACCAUACUUCUGCUGAUGUAUCUCAUAUCAGUUACUGGACACUGCUUAAUAAUUGUAGUUGUUUUCAUGGAAACCAAGCUCCAUACUCCCAUGUAUUUCUUCCUCAUCAACUUCUCCAUGGCUGAGAUCUGCUCCACAACGACCGAGGUACCAAAGCUCCUGGCUAAUAUCCUCUCAGAGAAAUCCACAAUCUGUUUUGCAUGUUGCAUGGCCCAAGGUCUCAUGGUCUUUGCAAUGGGAGCUGUUGUAUUCAUCAUUCUCACAGUCAUGUCUUUUGACCGCUAUGUGGCCAUUUGCAAACCUUUGCAAUAUAAAACCAUCAUGACGAAUGAACUUUGCCUCUGCCUGAUGUUGCUGGCUUGGGUUGGAGGGUUUGUGAUCAUCUUUUCUCAGUCCUCAGUAGUGUGGACUUACCCAUACUGUGGAGACAAUAUCAUCGACCACUUUUUCUGUGAUGUUGGGCCCGUUUUGAAAUUGGCUUGUGCUGACACAACUUUGAUAGAGCUGAUAGGCCUCAUAUAUGGUGCAACUAUAAUGUGGGGUUCAUUUGGUCUUUCAUUGAUUUCAUAUACAUUUAUUAUAGCCACCAUAAUUCGGAUCCCUUCUGCCACAGGGCGAUCCAAAGCAUUUUUCACCUGUGCCUCUCACCUGACCAUAGUUACCAUGUUCUACCUGGGACUAAUGUUCAUGUACCUGAGGCCUGCAACCCAUGGUGACCCCCAUGUCAACAAAGUGGUAUCUCUAGUACGCACCAGUUUCAUUCCCAUGUUAAACCCUUUCAUCUACACCAUCCGAAACAAAGACUUCAAAAUAGCAGCAUGGAAAGCAGUGAGAAGAAAGGUGUUUUUGUAG